UCUGUUCGCGCCACUCACCCGAUACCUGCUGCUUGUGGAAUAUAUUAUUUUGAAGUAAAAAUUGUCAGUAAAGGAAGAGAUGGAUAUAUGGGAAUUGGGCUCUCAGCUCAAGGAGUGAACAUGAACAGACUACCAGGUUGGGAUAAACAUUCAUAUGGUUACCAUGGAGAUGAUGGGCACUCAUUUUGUUCCUCGGGAACUGGACAGCCCUAUGGUCCAACAUUUACAACUGGUGAUGUCAUUGGUUGUUGUGUAAACCUGAUCAACAAUACCUGCUUCUACACAAAGAAUGGGCAUAGUUUAGGUAUUGCUUUUACAGACUUGCCGCCAAAUCUAUACCCCACAGUUGGACUUCAAACACCUGGAGAAGUUGUGGAUGCUAAUUUUGGACAACAUCCAUUUGUAUUUGACAUUGAAGACUAUAUGCGUGAAUGGAGAACCAAAACUCAGGCUCAGAUUGACAGAUUCCCUAUAGGAGAUCGGGAAGGAGAAUGGCAGACGAUGAUCCAAAAGAUGGUUUCAUCUUAUUUGGUACACCAUGGAUACUGUGCAACAGCAGAGGCUUUUGCUAGAUCUACUGACCAGACUGUACUAGAAGAAUUAGCUUCCAUUAAAAAUAGACAAAGAAUUCAGAAACUGGUUCUAGCAGGAAGAAUGGGAGAGGCCAUUGAAACAACACAGCAGUUGUAUCCAAGUCUGUUAGAAAGAAAUCCUAAUCUUUUAUUUGCUUUGAAGGUACGUCAAUUUAUAGAAAUGGUCAAUGGUACAGACAGCGAAGUACGGUGUCUAGGAGGUCACAGUCCAAAAUCACAAGAUAGCUAUCCUGUUAGUCCACGAUCAUUUAGUAGUCCUAGUAUGAGCCCCAGCCAUGGAAUGAAUAUCCAUAGUCUAUCAACAACGGGCAAAGGAAGUAGCACGCACUGUUCUGGUUUUGAAAAUAGUUGCAGUAAUGGAGUGAUAUCAAACAAAGUUCAUCAGUCAUAUUGUCACAGUAAACAUCAGUCUACCAGUUUAAGUGUACCAGAACUAAACAAUAUAAAUGUAACAAGAUCACAACAGAUCAACAACUAUUCCAGCAACGAUGUAGACAUGGAAACAGACCACUACUCUAAUGGAGUUGCAGAGACAUCAUCUAAUGGUUUCUUAAAUGGUAGUUCUAAACAUGACCAUGAAAUGGAAGAAUGUGACACAGAAAUGGAGGUGGAUUCCAGUCAGUUAAGACGUCAACUGUGUGGUGGUAGCCAAGCAGCUAUUGAAAGAAUGAUUCACUUUGGCAGAGAAUUACAAGCUAUGAGCGAACAACUAAGAAGGGAGUGUGGCAAAAACUCACAAAACAAGAAAAUGCUCAAAGUAAGUCAUGUCACCUUUGUGUAGAAAUUGCUAAUAAUAUGGUAGGUUCAGAUCCUACUCCCAUUUAUACAAUGUAGAGGAAAACUGUAGUUUGCUUGCAGACAUUUCAUUAGUCAGCUAGGUAACAUCAUCA